AUGGGCCUUCUAAAACGUUUCAAGCAAUCGACACUCGCCUCAGGUUCUGGUUCGUCGUCCCAAUCGACCUCUUGGCAACAGACUCCAUCCGACCAAAUUUCCAAAGAGAGAUCGACAUCCACUUCAUCCUCACUUCAACUCGAUCCGCCGCUCAAGCCGCCUAAGUUUGGUACUGCCUCCAGUAGCCGAUCCAUAGAUCGUCUGGCCAAGCCUGACAGGCCGGAAUUACCACUCUCUGGCGCGUCGAGUCACAGUCUCGCUUCGAAAGGAUCGACCAGUCGAUGGAGAGUCCGGAGAAGAUCACAGAAGGAAAGUGAAUUGGUCCCUGGUCCAGCUUAUAAUGAGCUGUAUGGCGGUCAUGGAGACUACGGAGAAACAGUAGGGACGAGCUUACCCCUCUCUCGAGAUGAUCGGCAGAUGAACGCUUCUGGAUCAUCAAAUCGGACCUACGUCGACACUCCCCCUGCGUCUGCGCCUUCCAGUCCAGUCAAACAAAAAUUGCGUCCACGGUCCCAGGAGUAUCUGCAGGAAGGAGGUAUUCUCGGUCGACUCAAUUUUGAAAUGGGUUCGAGUCACCUGGGAUUGGAUCAGACCCGAGCUGGUGGAUUGAAUUCAUGGUUGACUCCGUUGGAUCAAGGCUCAAAGGAGCACGAAGAUGAAGCAUUCGUCAUCGUUGAAUCGCCUCCCGCAGAACCCUCUAGUAGGCCGAGUGACGAAGUUGAAGUGUUAGACUCGGGUGAAAAGAAACAGAAAUUCUGGAAAGGAAUAGGGAGGAACAGGCGGUCGUCUGGAGCUCAAAGCGAGCUGGAGGAGGAGGGUCUGAUAGCCGAGGUCUCGCCCACACCCAAGCGAGCUUCCCUGCCUCCGGUCGAAAUGACAUCCCAAGUUCAACAAGGACCACCCGUAGAGCUGCAACAUCCACGUCCACAGAACCUUCGACGACCAUCCUCCUCAUUUUUCCCAACCACUUUCAAGAGGUCAGUAUCACGGGCGUCCCUCAACCAAGAUCUGGAGACACUCACUUCCGCCAUCGAUGAUGGAUCCUUCCGACUCACUUCCUUCCGACACGUCUCUGGUACUGCGGAUAUCCCUCGACAGGAAUCAGAGAAGACCUUGGACCAAUCCUCUGACAAGAUCCGAUCUCCCCCGCAGUCGGCCGCCCCACUCACGUCGCCGUCAAGUGCCAUUCAUCCGCCCAGCGCGUAUUUCAAUUCUCUUCCACGUCCGAAAAUGGCAGGAUCUAGACCUCCUAGCGUCGCGGGGUCCGUCACUAGCUUGGACGAAAUGAUCAGCUCCUCCCCAAAGAUCAGUGCGGCUGCUUUCCGACGAGGAGCCAGACGACCAAGCGAGAGUAUCUUGCCCAACAUUGAGCCCGUAUCGAAUGAUAAGACAGUAGAGGAAGACGAUGACGAUCGUCCUUUGGCGAUGAUGAAGAGAGCUGGCGUCAAGAGCACUUCAGUUCCGCCGAUCACAAGAGGUGGUGACGCUGGACCCAAUGCGACGCGUGACAAAGACGAAGUUGGUCCAUCUCAACUUGACAUCGAGAAGCCGCCUGGCUCAGCCAGACUGUCACCAUCUCCAUCGAGCACGAUACCUCAUCGAGAAACAGCCUCUCCCAGUGCUAGCAUCGCCAUGAUCAAGACUGCAGAAAAGGCUGGUUCCAGCUCCGCAACGCCCACCAAGGCUUUCUUUGUGAAAAGUGCAACGACCACCAGAACGGAUCGUCUUUCGGCCGGACCGUCAAUGGCCACCCACUCCCGACCCCCGUCCUUCGCAUCGCCGGCACCUAGCAAAUCGACGACUCCUCAGCCUAUUGAUGAGCCUGAGAUUCUGCUAUCUCCACUUGACAUUGAACAGAUUGAGCAGACCUUGGCUCCGCCGCUUAUUUCGCCUGGGCACAAUCGACCCCAAGCUGUGUUACCACUGCAGCCUCGCGUCAGUCGAUGGACGCCGAGUCCUUCUCCUUCUCCUUCUUCUCAACAUGCAUCGCGGUCCUCACCUCCUCCUGUUGCUCCACUUGUUCUCCCUCAGGCUGGCGAUACCACUCCAUCCUCUGCCGAUCUGCCAUUACCUCCUGACCUGAUGCCGGAUACGCCUCCUCCGAUCGGUGAAGCCUCCGCUCAACCCGGACCUGAAUCGCCGGCCUCUACUCUGCGUCGCCGUGCGCUGUCGUUGGGCGUUUUCGAAGAGCCGCUGCGCGUCAUUUCCGGAUUUUGGAACACUUCACCACCUGUCACUGCUGUAGCAACUCAGAGUGCUCCAUUGGAUAGUGGUCCACAAUCGGCUUCGAGUCGUAGCAACGAUGCUGACGCGUUGGAGUCUUGGGUCGUCUCAUCAUCACUCCUGCUCGGCGAUGAUCAGAACGGUGAUCGUGCCCCAAGCCGGAUGACACUAUUCGAUGCCUCCGCUUCGUCCGACUCUUCCAGUCGAGAUCCUAAACGGUCAUUGGCCACCUCCGAUGCUCGAUCUAAUACUCUUGGAUCUCGACCCUCGCUCAGUGAUAUCAACACCAAUAUCAUACGCCCUUCACCAAACCUGAGAUCACCGAGAUCAGCGAUCGAUCUCGCUUCGCCCACGAGUACGGGCACAAUCGUGACCGCCACCCCUCUCGUCUCAAGCUUCCGAGGGCCGCCAGUCGUUGAACAGAAGCAUCAAGGCUUUUCUCAUGGCCGGGGCGCGCCCGUCAAGAACAAGGGCGCAUGGUCAUCUAGCGAAUCUGAACAGUCAGAGUCAGAAACUGAGAGCCCCAGUCCCAGUCCCAGCCCGGGCCCGCCGAUCAAGUCUCGCGUAUCGUUCCGCCGAGUCCCUCAAGGUCCGAGGAAACCUUCAAUCUCGAGACCCGGUUCCUCGCUGAAACCGAUCAAAAGCAAUAUGCGUCGUGUGACCUCUCCUGACAAGGUCGAGCGUCGAAGCGCUUUGAGAGAUCGUCGACUUUCCGCUCAGAGUAAUUCGCUCCGGAAGGACCAUGAUUCUGACUCCAGCGCCGAUGAAGCCCUCUCCAAAUUCAAGGAUCGAGUCUCUGAUUCUCGCACGUCACAGAACAGAGAUUCUCCAGCACGAUCCACAGUAACUUUACCUACUUCUUCUUCGCUACAGAUCGACAAACGUUCUUUACCGUCUUCCAUACCGACCUUGCAAUCUGCUCGAUUUACUGGUCAGUCUGCCGUCGUUGGUGAUCAUCCCGCCGCUAGCUUCACCCCUGACCAUCAACCGAUGCGACCGUCGUUCAGCCGAACUGCCACUAGUCCGGAAUCGAGCCUGUCAGGCAGAACAAGCGAAGGAUUGGGUCAGACUCUGGUGACGCCGCGGAGUGAGGCGUAUCCCCCGAGCCUCGAGCCGGACCAUUCGAUACCUGGUGCAGACGGAAGAAAGCGCCACGUUUCGAGCCCCUCUGCGCCUUGGGCAGGGAUGCCCAUGCAUGCGCCGGUGGUGCACCCGCCACCACCGUUCCCGACUGACCCCAACGCCUUGAUAGCAAUGAAGCAAGCUUGGCAAGCGCAUUUUAUGGCUGCUGCGUAUCGCGCUUCGGAGGAAGAAUGGGAGCGAGCUUCGACCGUCGGAGGUGGAGACAAUCAGGCUCACCAUCAGCCAUCGACAUUCGGACACUGGCGUCCGCCGCCAUCGAUGAACGCCUCGUUCCCUACGAUGCCUCAGUUGAUGCCUGCUCUCCCUCUUCCACCCCAUGGUAUUCCCUAUGGCUAUCCUUUGCCUAUGGGACCGCACCCACUCCCACCUGCACCUCUUGAAAUGCCUUAUCCUCAUCCCCCACACGGCAUGUCUUUCCCUCAUUACCCUCUCCCUCUUCCUCCCGCUCCUACAUCCGACUUGGCAGGAUACCAGUUCAGACCAGGAAGUCAAUCUGUCUACGGGCUGAACGUUGGACCGCCCGUUCAUUCGCCUAGCACUGGCGUAUACGCUCCACACCAGUACUAUCAAACACCUGGUCCUCCGCCUUCUUCCCACGAUCGACAUUCUGCCCAUGUCAGGUCCAACAGUGCCCAAGUUCAAUUCGAAGAUGCUCCCACGCCUCGAAAAGCCAAAAGAUCGACCUUACAAUAUGCGAAUUGA